UUGAUUCAAAACGCCUUCUCGUCUCUCUCUCAUUCGUCCAAUCAUCCGUUUCUUGAAAUGUCAACCAAAUUCUGGUCAUUUAUUUAGCUCAAAACCAUACUCUUCAAAAGAGUUUUACUUUUUUUCACUUAUAAAUAACGAUGACUCCCCAGGACUGACUGAGAGCUCUCAGCCUAAGAUAAGCAACAACCAACAAAUAAAAAACUUUGAAUUUUUUUACUAUGGCAGAAGAAUUUAACGCUGGAAUUUGUGGAGAGACAUGGUGGAAUUCCUCGAAAACUAUGUGGGGGUGUUCUUAUCCGUGUCCUACGGGGAUUGCUGUCGACAUGGGAAGCUUCGUAUGGGGUGCUGAUAUGGCGGAUAUCAAGGCAAGGUCUUCCUAUGAGGAGUCUGAGGAUAGCUUAGCUUUCCAGCUGGGAGCUCAGCAAGGUGAUUCAGAUAGUUGUGGCACCAGUAUUUUACUUGAUUCAACCUUACAAAUGAUGGGUUUCAGCCUUUCGUCAUUGUCAACCUCGGACUGGAACCAGUCUUUGAUUCGGAGUAAUGGGAGAAGUGAAGGUUACGAUUCAAUUUUUCAACAAGGUAUGGAUUCUUGUCAAACCCAAAAGAAUUGGAGUCCAAGGAGCUAUGCAAGCCGCGGAGAAGAUUCUUCCAUUACCACUUUCAAGCCCAUCAAUCAGGAUUUCUCGUUGGAGCAGCAGAGGUUGAAUUCAGUAACCAGCUGCGAUAACAGUACAGCCACCUGCCAGUUUCCGAUGGAUUCAGUGUCAUAUGGGUACACAUCGACACUGUUACAAACUUUGUUUCAAUCUGAUCCUCAAUCCCAACAACAAUCAGUUUUCAACAACAACAGGUCAAUCAACUAUAUGUCGGCAGCAGCCACUUACGGGGCAAACUGUGGUACUGAAUCAUCACCUUCUUGGCCAAAAUUAGUUCCUUUAUUAAGGCCAUCAUUGCCAAAACAACCGCCCAAAAGUAGCUUGCACUUUACCAACAACAACACACCCUUUUGGAACGCUUCCGCCGCUGGUGUAAACGACGUCAAAGCCGGCUUUUUACCCUCGCGGCUGCAAUCCGAGUUUCUUUUACAAUCAUUAGAAGAAAAACCUAGUUGUCCCGGCCUAACGAAAAUGACUAAUACAGAAGAAGCUCGGAACUCGGGGUCAACGAUGAAGAAAGGAUUAAGCAGUGAGCCUCCAUCAUUGAAGAGGCCAAGGAUUGAAAUGCCACCGCCAUUACCAGCUUCCAAGGUUCGAAAAGAGAAGCUUGGGGACCGAAUCACUGCGCUCCAGCAAAUGGUUUCACCUUUCGGAAAGACCGAUACUGCAUCUGUUCUUCAUGAAGCUAGAAAGUUCCUCCACGAACAAGUCAAUGUUCUAAAUACUCCGUAUAUGAAACAAGCAGCAGCUUCAAUACAACAACAACAGAGCACUGAAAUUCCGGAACGAGAUCUAAGGAGCCUUGGGCUUUGUUUGGUGCCAAUCUCCAGCACAUUCCCGGUUGCUAACGAGACAGUUGAUUUUUGGACGCCAACAUUUGGUGGGACUUUCGGGUAGGAAACAGAGGACAAUUAAAUAAAAGCUAAAAGGAGUUUGUAUUGUACAACAACUAUACUGCGGUAGAUUAAGUACCAGACCCCAGUCCUGCCAUAACUUCAAUAUCCAUAAAGUGUAAAAAAAGAAAAGGUAAUGGAAAACUUAGAAGGAACAAGUGCUAAAUUCAGCGAAAAUUUGUUGAUGUUUAGGAGCUGAAUUUAGCAGAUUGUGGGGGAGGGGGUUAAAGAGCCCUUUUGUUCCUUUCGAGUAUGUGUGUAGGGCAGCGAUCAUCUUUUAC